CCGACCGGCGGCCCGGGCGGGGUGCGGGAGUCGCAGGAGGGGUAGCCCGAGGCGGCGGCCGUACCGCCACCCUCCCCACCGCCUGGCCGCUGGGAGGAGGAGGUGCGGGCCUCCGGCCACCCGACAGACCCUGCCGGCGACGUCCCCCAGCGCGCCGGGCCGGAGUUGGCUUUGUGAAACUUUUCCCAGCGCUUCUCGGAGCCGGUGCCCCCCGCGCCCGCCCAGACCGCGGUCCGUGAGGAGCAAGGGGGGGGAGAGGCCCGCGGCUCCCCCCCCACCGCUGCCCCUCGGGGCGCGGCCGGGCGCGGCGGCAGGGCUAGGGUCCCGGGCGAUGGCCGCGGAGCUGGCGAUGGGCGCUGAGCUGCCCAGCAGCCCGCUGGCUAUCGAGUACGUUAACGACUUCGACCUGAUGAAGUUCGAGGUGAAGAAGGAGCCGCCCGAGGCCGAGCGCUUCUGCCACCGUCUACCGCCCGGCUCGCUGUCCUCGACGCCGCUCAGCACGCCCUGCUCCUCUGUGCCCUCCUCGCCCAGUUUCUGCGCUCCCAGCCCGGGCACUGGUGGCGGCGCCGCCGGCGGCGCGGCUCAGGCUGGGGGUGCCCCUGGGCCUCCAAGCGGGGGCCCAGGCGCCGUCGGGGGCACCUCGGGAAAGCCGGCACUGGAGGAUCUAUACUGGAUGAGCGGCUACCAGCACCACCUCAACCCCGAGGCGCUCAACCUGACGCCCGAGGACGCGGUGGAGGCGCUCAUUGGCAGCAGCCACCACUCCGGGCACCAUGGCGCGCACCACCCGGCGGCCGCCGCGGCCUACGAGGUCUUCCGGGGCCAGGGUUUCGCGGGCGGCGGCGGUGGCGCGGACGACAUGGGCACCGGCCAUCACCACGGCGCGCAUCACACUGCCCACCACCACCAUGCCGCCCACCACCACCACCACCACCACCACCCUGGCGGCGCGGGCCCCGGCGGCGCGGGCCACCACGUGCGUCUGGAGGAGCGCUUCUCCGACGACCAGCUGGUGUCCAUGUCGGUGCGGGAGCUUAACCGGCAGCUCCGCGGCUUCAGCAAGGAGGAGGUCAUCCGGCUGAAGCAGAAGCGGCGCACGCUCAAGAACCGCGGCUACGCGCAGUCGUGCCGCUUCAAGCGGGUGCAGCAGCGGCACAUUCUGGAGAGCGAGAAGUGCCAGCUCCAGAGCCAAGUGGAGCAGCUGAAGCUGGAGGUGGGGCGCCUGGCCAAGGAGCGGGACCUGUACAAGGAGAAAUACGAGAAGCUGGCCGGCCGGGGCGGCCCUGGGAGCGCGGGCGGGGCCGGCUUCUCGCGGGAGCCUUCGCCGCCGCAGGCCGGGCCCGGCGGGGCCAAGGGCGCGCCCGACUUCUUCUUGUGAGCGUCGGACCCCGAGCCCGCGCCGCUGCCCGGGACAAGCUCGCGCGGCUUGCCGGGGGUCUCGCUCGAACUCCGCGGCGCGGGCCGUGUCCUCAGACCCAGCCUUCAGGCCUGGGCCGGGGGCCCUUCCCGCCGCGCGGCCUAGCC